AUGGCUGGUGUUGGUGUAGGUAAAACACUUCAUAAAUUACGUGUUGUUAAUAUUCCAUGGACAAUUGGUGAUUUACAAUUGAAACAAUAUUUUUCACAAUUUGGCUUUAUUAAUAACGCUAAAGUUAUCUUUGACAGACGUACUGGUUUAAGUAAAAAUUUUGGUUAUCUUGAAAUAACUGAUAAAGAUACUUAUCAUAAUAUUGUUGAAAAAAAAAAUCAUCAUCUUGAAGGAUAUGAACUUUAUGUAAGACGUUUUUUUGAAAAUUAA